CCCCUCCCCCGCCGCGGAUCCUGGCCGCCGCUCUCCAGACCCAGGAUGCCGGGGGGCAAGAGAGGGCUGGUGGCACCGCAGAACACAUUUUUGGAGAACAUCGUCAGGCGCUCCAGUGAAUCGAGUUUCUUACUGGGAAAUGCCCAGAUUGUGGAUUGGCCUGUAGUUUAUAGUAAUGACGGUUUUUGCAAACUCUCUGGAUAUCAUCGAGCUGACGUCAUGCAGAAAAGCAGCACUUGCAGUUUUAUGUACGGGGAAUUGACUGACAAGAAGACCAUUGAGAAAGUCAGGCAAACUUUUGACAACUAUGAGUCAAACUGCUUUGAGGUUCUUCUGUACAAGAAAAACAGAACCCCUGUUUGGUUUUAUAUGCAAAUUGCACCAAUAAGAAAUGAACAUGAAAAGGUGGUCUUAUUCCUAUGCACUUUCAAGGAUAUUACGUUGUUCAAACAGCCAAUAGAGGAUGAUUCAACAAAAGGUUGGACAAAAUUUGCCCGAUUGACUCGGGCUUUGACAAAUAGCCGAAGUGUUUUGCAGCAGCUUACACCAAUGAAUAAAACAGAGGUGGUCCACAAACAUUCAAGGUUAGCUGAAGUUCUUCAGCUGGGAUCAGAUAUCCUUCCUCAGUAUAAACAAGAAGCGCCAAAGACGCCACCACACAUUAUUUUACACUAUUGUGCUUUUAAAACUACUUGGGAUUGGGUGAUUUUAAUUCUUACCUUCUACACCGCCAUUAUGGUUCCUUACAACGUUUCCUUCAAAACGAAGCAGAACAACAUAGCCUGGCUGGUGCUGGACAGUGUGGUAGAUGUCAUUUUCCUGGUGGACAUUGUUUUAAAUUUUCAUACAACCUUUGUGGGACCUGGUGGAGAGGUUAUUUCUGACCCCAAGUUGAUAAGGAUGAACUAUUUGAAAACUUGGUUUGUGAUCGAUCUGUUGUCUUGUUUACCUUAUGACAUCAUCAAUGCCUUUGAAAAUGUGGAUGAGGGCAUCAGCAGUCUCUUCAGUUCGUUAAAAGUGGUGCGUCUCUUGCGACUGGGUCGCGUUGCUAGGAAAUUGGACCAUUACUUGGAGUAUGGAGCCGCUGUCCUUGUGCUCCUGGUGUGUGUGUUUGGUCUCGUUGCCCACUGGCUGGCUUGUAUCUGGUACAGCAUCGGGGACUACGAGGUCAUCGAUGAAGUCACGAACACCAUCCAAAUAGACAGCUGGCUCUACCAGUUGGCCUUGAGCAUUGGGACUCCAUACCGAUAUAACACCAGUGCAGGGAUCUGGGAAGGAGGCCCCAGCAAGGAUUCACUCUACGUGUCCUCUCUCUACUUUACCAUGACAAGCCUUACAACCAUAGGAUUUGGAAACAUAGCUCCUACCACAGAUGUGGAGAAGAUGUUUUCGGUGGCCAUGAUGAUGGUUGGCUCUCUCCUUUAUGCAACUAUUUUUGGAAAUGUGACCACAAUUUUCCAGCAGAUGUACGCCAACACCAACCGAUAUCAUGAGAUGCUGAAUAAUGUUCGGGACUUUCUGAAACUCUAUCAGGUCCCCAAAGGCCUUAGCGAACGAGUCAUGGAUUAUAUUGUCUCUACAUGGUCCAUGUCAAAAGGCAUCGACACAGAGAAGGUCCUCUCCAUCUGUCCCAAAGACAUGAGAGCGGAUAUCUGUGUUCAUCUAAACCGGAAGGUUUUUAAUGAACAUCCUGCUUUUCGAUUGGCCAGUGAUGGGUGUCUGCGUGCCUUGGCGGUGGAGUUCCAGACUAUUCACUGUGCUCCUGGGGACCUCAUUUACCAUGCUGGAGAAAGUGUGGAUGCCCUGUGCUUUGUGGUGUCGGGAUCCUUGGAAGUCAUCCAGGAUGAUGAGGUGGUGGCUAUUUUAGGGAAAGGUGAUGUAUUUGGAGAUAUCUUCUGGAAGGAAACAACCCUUGCUCACGCAUGUGCCAAUGUCCGGGCACUGACAUACUGUGACCUCCACAUCAUCAAACGAGAAGCCUUGCUCAAAGUCCUGGACUUUUACACGGCUUUUGCAAACUCCUUCUCAAGGAAUCUCACUCUGACGUGCAAUCUAAGGAAACGGAUCAUAUUUCGUAAAAUCAGUGAUGUGAAGAAAGAGGAGGAGGAGCGUCUCAGACAGAAGAAUGAGGUCACCCUCAGCAUCCCCGUGGACCACCCGGUCAGGAAGCUCUUCCAGAAAUUCAAGCAACAAAAGGAGCUGCGGAAUCAGGGGUCAUCGCAGAGUGAUCCCGAGCGGAACCAGCUUCAGGUAGAAAGUCGCUCCUUACAGAAUGGAGCCUCCAUCACGGGCACCAGUGUGGUUACCGUGUCCCAGAUCACACCCAUCCAGACAUCGCUGGCCUACGUCAAGACCGGUGAAUCCCUCAAGCAAAACAACCGUGAUGCCAUGGAGCUCAAGCCCAAUAGUGGUGCUGACCCCAAAUGUCUCAAAGUCAACAGUCCCAUACGGAUGAAGAACGGAAAUGGGAAAGGGUGGCUGCGACUCAAGAACAACAUGGGAGCCCAUGAGGAGAAAAAGGAAGAUUGGAACAAUGUCACUAAAGCUGAGUCCAUGGGGCUGUUGUCGGAGGACCCCAAGGGUAGUGACUCAGAGAACAGUGUGACCAAAAACCCACUAAGGAAAACAGAUUCUUGUGACAGUGGGAUUACAAAAAGUGACCUUCGUUUGGAUAAAGCUGGUGAGGCACGAAGUCCACUAGAGCACAGCCCCAUUCAGGCUGACGCCAAGCACCCCUUCUAUCCCAUCCCCGAGCAGGCCUUACAGACCACACUACAGGAAGUCAAACACGAACUGAAAGAGGACAUCCAGCUCCUGAGCUGCAGAAUGACUGCCCUGGAAAAGCAGGUGGCAGAAAUAUUAAAAAUACUCUCAGAAAAAAGUAUGCCCCAGACCUCAUCCCCCAAAUCCCAAAUGCCACUCCAAGUACCUUCCCAACUACCAUGUCAGGAUAUUUUUAGCGUUUCAAGGCCUGAGUCACCUGAAUCUGACAAAGAUGAGAUCCACUUUUAAUAUAUAUGCAUAUAUAUUUGUUAAUAUAUUACAAACAGUAUAUACAUCUAUAUACAUGUGUGUAUAUAUGGUAUAUACAUAUAUAUAUUUUCACUUGCUUUCAAUAUGAUGAACACAAUAUGGAUUUUGAUAUGUAAAUAUUGCAUGUCCAGCUGGAUUCUGGCCUGCCAAAGAAGAUGAUUAUUAAAAACAUAGAUAUUGCUUGUAUAUUAUGCAGUUGACUGCAUGCACAAUUUACAUUUAUUUAUAAUAUCUAUAAUAACAAAGGUAGGAUUUUUGUUAACCAAGGCAAUGUAAUAUUUGAAGAAUCAGGGUCCAACCUGCCAAUGUUGCCAUGACAAAUUUGAUCUCAGGCUGAGUAUUUCGAGCUGUCAUUUCCUCACUGUUCUGUUAAGUUCAAAUUACAGAUUAAUAUCAAGGAAAAGUUCAGCUUUUCAACUGUUAGUACCAUUUUAUGAUCUCUUUCCAUGGGGUGUUUUUCUGUAACUUAGGUUGUUUUCCCCAACUGGCAGUUUGUUCCAUUGAAAUGACUGUUCUGUUAAGUCAGAUAGCAGUGUGGGAUAUUGAGAACUUAGUGCUGUGGAUUUUGUGCAUGAAUUGCAUUUUUAUUCAACUAUACCUCUCAUUUUUUAACAUUAUACUUAGAUAAUAAUCAUUAACUCUUCUGUAAGGAAAUCCCCACUCCCUCCGUCUUGGAGAGCAGCUACCUACCAUCUUGUAUGAUGAUUUUGUCAACCCCAUAAAUAUUAAAAUACUAAUAUAGUGUAUGUUAUUAUAGAACUACUGCACCACAGGGUAAAAAGGCCUUUUAACAAUUCAUGUUGAAGAAGCUGAUUUUCCAAAGAUAAGAAUGUUCUAAAUUUGUGUUUCCAAAACUUCUAAAGGGUGAAGUUGAAUGACUCAGCAAAGAAACAAACA